AUGUUCGGCCGCGCCGUCGGCGCGCGUGGGGUCGACGGGACGUCGGCGGGGACGAUUCCACGGCUGCGACGCCGAGGGCUGGGCUCGACGCCAUCGCUGGCGUUGAAGGCGCCGCGUUGCUCGGGCGUGACGCGCGAUGGGGCGCGCGGAGAAGUCACCGCGGGAGCGCGCUGUGACCACCGCGCGCGCGCGAGUUCGAGCGAAAGGGCGUCGACGAGCGCGAGGAGGACGCGUCGAGGGACGACGUUGAGCGCGCGCGCGCUCGUCGGCUUGGAAGUGGCAGACUUACGGGCAGCCAUCUUGGAUGGACACAGCGCGUGGUGGGCCGUGGCCUCGCCGCUGUUUGCGCUGAGCGUGGUUCCUUAUUUAGUUUUCUUAAAGCGUCUCAACGAGGCGAAGAGCGCGACGUUGGAGAUGCGCCAGGCGUUCGCCACGCUUUUACUAUUCGUCAUCAUUUCCAUCCCCGCCGAGGCGUACACGAAACGAGCGUAUGGUGAGGUGCUGAGCAACAUCGACGCCCUGCAUUUUCUGAUUCAGAGCGCCAUCAGUUUGACCAAUCUUAGGAUUUUACUGGCGUUCCGGGAUGGUAAAAGCAACACUGACGGGAGCGCAAGUUCUAAUAUGUUUCAAUCUAAUUUGACGGAUUUCGGAACGAUAGGCAGACCGGGAGCUAUUGUUGAGGCCUUUGCAGGUUUAGGUUUACUCGCAACGUCUCUUUUGCUAUCGCUCGAUGAGCGCUUGUUGGUGGUCCCGGACACCGCUCCGACGAUGUUGACGAGCGUUGUGGACAGUUUCAGGACGUGGGGCAACAAUUUCGAAUCAACGACAAAUUCGAUGCUAGGUCUACCGUAUCCUAUGGAGCACGCGCUGAGCGUACCCACGUGGGGUGUUCACAUCUUCAGCCUCGUCGAGUGGCUACUCGCGAUGGGCCUGGUUUGGAACUACGCGGAUUGCGAACGUGGCAACAAUAACGGCUGGCGAACGCUUACGUGGGGAAUGCUGCCGUUGCACGCUAGUGGGAUCUGCGCGUGCACGCAGCAUUUUUUCGGAAACGUUGCGAGCUUAGAUUGGCUCGUCGCAGCGCAAGGCGCGUUCACGAUGCUUGGGAAUGUCGGGAUGUGCGUUGCUGCGGGCGAGUUGGCGAAGGAGGAUUCAACGUCUGGUGUUAGGGACACCGCCGUGAAUGACGAACAGCGACGAACAACGGAGCAAUGCGUUGUUUUCGAUGAUUUGGAUCCGUCUUGGUGGGAUUUCGACGUCGAGAAUUUCGGUACGAAGCUCUGGGCCGGAGACAGUGAUGGAGUGUUCAUCACAAAAGUCGCGCUACUCUCAUUGGCGGUCGCGAGCGGCGUUCGUGGGUUAAGCCUAUCGCUCGCGCCGGAGUUCGACCCGGUGGAUGGCGCAUGGCGUGAUUACACAAACAUCCUUUCCUUCUUAAUGGUCGCAACGCCCCUCGCGCUGAAUAUCGAGAAAUGGAAGGCGCGUGAGCGCGUUGCGUUUGCGCGCGAAGCGUUGAAUGCCACGAUGGCUGACGUUGACGACGUGAGCGAUACGAUUGUUGAUCGCUCUGCGGUGAAAACGGAGUCUGUUUGA